CCCCCCGGGGUCCCCGGGGGCCGCCAUGCUCCGCUGCAUGCCCCUGUGGCGCUGCAACCGGCAGGUGGAGGCGGUGGACCGGCGCCACAGCUCGCUGCAGGCCGUGCCCGAGGAGGUGUACCGCUACAGCCGCAGCCUGGAGGAGCUGCUGCUCGACGCCAACCAGCUCAGGGAGCUGCCCAAGCCCUUUUUCCGCCUGCUGAACCUACGUAAGCUGGGUCUGAGUGACAAUGAGAUCCAGAGACUUCCGCCUGAGGUGGCCAACUUCAUGCAGCUGGUGGAGCUGGACAUUUCCCGCAAUGACAUCCCAGAAAUCCCAGAGAGCAUCAAGUUCUGCAAGUCCCUGGAGAUCGCAGACUUCAGCGGGAACCCUCUGUCCCGGCUCCCCGACGGCUUCACCCAACUGCGCAGCCUGGCCCAUCUGGCACUGAAUGAUGUGUCAUUGCAGACCCUGCCGGGGGACGUGGGCAAUUUGGCCAACCUGGUGACUCUGGAGCUGAGGGAAAACCUGCUCAAGACCCUCCCCACCUCCCUCUCCUUCCUCGUCAAACUGGAGCAGCUCGAUCUGGGGAGCAAUGACCUGGAAGUGCUGCCGGACACCCUGGGUGCGCUGCCCAACCUGCGGGAGCUGUGGCUCGACAGGAACCAGCUGUCCACUCUGCCCCCGGAGCUGGGGAACCUGCGGCGCCUGGUCUGCCUGGAUGUGUCCGAGAACAAGCUGGAGCGCCUGCCGGCGGAGGUCAGCGGCCUGGCCGUGCUCACGGACCUGCUGCUCUCCCAGAACCUGCUGGAGCGCAUCCCCGACGGCAUCGGGCAGCUGAAGCAGCUGUCCAUCUUGAAGGUGGACCAGAACCGCCUGGCGGAGGUGACCGAGGCCAUCGGGGACUGUGAGAACCUGUCGGAGCUGAUCCUCACCGAGAACCUACUCACGGUGCUGCCCCGCUCCCUGGGGAAGCUGCACAAGCUGACCAACCUGAACGUGGACCGGAACCGGCUGGUGGCGCUGCCUGCUGAGGUGGGCGGCUGUGCCAGCCUGAACGUCCUGUCCCUGCGUGACAACCGGCUGACCGCCCUGCCCUCCGAGCUGGCUCACAGCGCCGAGCUGCACGUGCUGGAUGUCGCGGGAAACCGCCUGCAGAACCUGCCGCUGGCGCUGACGACGCUGAACCUGAAAGCCCUGUGGCUGGCGGAGAACCAGUCGCAGCCGAUGCUCAAGUUCCAGACGGAGGAGGACGAGGCCACGGGCCAGAAAGUGCUCACCUGCUACCUGCUGCCCCAGCAGCCCUCGGCCAGCCUGGAAAACCUUCUCCAGAGUAGUGUGGAUGACAGCUGGACAGAUGCCAACCUCAAUCGGGUCAGCGUAAUCCAGUUCUUGGAGGAGCCUCACGCGGCCGAGGAUGAGGAGGGGGCCGAACGGCGGCAGGGUCUGCAACGCAGAGCCACCCCUCACCCCAGUGAACUGAAGGUCAUGAAGAAAGUGAUCGAGGUGCGGCGCCACGAGGCCUUCCCCGCGCCCUCGUCCCCCGCGGACCCACCGGACUCUCCCGCCGCCCAGGGCAAGAGACUCAGUGCCGGCUCCCAGCAGAGCCAGGACUCCCGGGGCUCUAGCUCCAGCACCGUCUCUGCGGGUGGCCUCGGGGAGCCCGAGGAGCCCAGGAGCAGGAAGUGGGGCCCGAACGGGAGCCCCGCGCCGGCCGGCAGCCACAGGAGGGAGGCGAGCCCCAGCGCCCAGCCGCCGGAGCCGGACGAGGUUGCUGGUCACCGGGAGGAAGAGGAGGAGCAGGAGAUGGAAUACGACGAGCCCACGGUGCACUUCGCCGAGGACACCCUGCUGCCCGGCGCCGAUCCGACGGGUGCGGCCGGAGAGCGGGAGCUGCACGAGCAGGAGCAAGAAGGAGGAGGGGGCGGGGCGCUGCUGGCGGCCGGCCAGCGCCAGAGACUCAUCCGCAAGGACACCCCGCACUACAAGAAGCAUUUCCGGAUCACCAAGCUGCCCAGGCCCGAGGCCGUGGCCGCCCUGCUGCAGGGGCUGCGCCCCGACGGGACCCCGCAGGAGGGGGCCUUUCCUGUCGCCGGCGGGGGCCUGUGUACCAAUGGCCCCCGCCCCCAGGACCAGCCGCCGGCCCCCUGGGGCCUGCAGGGGGCCGAGGAGGAGGAAGAGGAAGAAGAGGAGGGCCGAGAUGAAGAGGAGGAGGAGGAGAACCGGGAGGAAGAGGAGGAGGAGGAGAUGGAGGAAGAUGACGACGACGAAGACGAGGGGAGGAACGGGGCUCAGGCCGCUCAGCCCGCCACCAAGGGGGUGUCGUUUGAUCAAGCCAAUAACCUGCUGAUUGAACCUGCUCGAAUUGAGGAGGAAGAGCUCACACUAACCAUCCUGAGGCAGACAGGGGGUCUGGGCAUCAGCAUCGCAGGGGGGAAGGGGUCCACGCCCUACAAGGGAGAUGAUGAGGGCAUAUUCAUCUCUCGAGUGUCCGAGGAAGGUCCCGCAGCCCGCGCUGGGGUCCGUGUGGGAGACAAGCUGCUGGAGGUCAAUGGCGUAGCCCUGCGGGGCGCAGAGCACCAGCAGGCCGUGGAGGCGCUACGCGGGUCCGGCCCGGCGGUGGCCAUGACCGUCCUGCGGGAGCGGAUGGUGGAGCCGGAGAACGCCAUCACCGUCACCCCGCUGCGGCCCGAGGACGACUACAGCCCCCGAGGGGCCCGAGGCGGGCUACGCUUCCCCCUGCCCGCCUCGCCCAGCCCCGGCUGCCAGCGCUUCACCGCCUGCCUGAUGCGCGAUGAGAAGGGCUUGGGGUUCAGCAUCGCCGGUGGAAAAGGCUCCACGCCCUACCGGGCUGGCGAUGGGGGCAUCUUCAUCUCCAGAAUCGCAGAGGGCGGUGUAGCCCAUCGGGCGGGGACGCUGCAGGUUGGGGACCGGGUCAUCUCGAUCAGCGGCGUGGACAUGACAGAGGCCAGACACGAUCAGGCAGUGUCCCUGCUGACUUCCUCGACGGCCACCGUGGCUCUGCUGCUGGAGCGGGAAUCUGACGGGGAGCCGGGAGCACCCGUCCGCCCCCGCUCUCCUCCCCCUCCCGCUGGCUCCCCUCUGGUUGGGGAGGUGGGGCCACUGGAGGCAAGUCCGAUGCCCCGGAGCCACGACCCCCAGGUCCUGGAGGAUGAGUACCCCGUCGAGGAGAUCUGCCUGGUGAAGGCUGGGGGCCCCCUGGGCCUGAGCAUCGUGGGCGGCAGCGACCACUCCAGCCACCCGUUUGGCAUCAACGAACCGGGGGUCUUCAUUUCCAAGGUGCUGCCGCGGGGGCUGGCACUGCGCAGCGGCCUGAGGGUCGGCGACCGCAUCCUGGCAGCCAACGGCACAGACCUGCGCCACGCCACGCACCAGGAGGCCGUCAGCGCCCUGCUCGCCCCCACCCCCGAGCUGCGCCUGCUGGUCCGCCGGGACCCCCCGCCGCCGGGCAUGCAGGAGCUCUCCAUCGAGAAGGCCCCAGGCGAGAAGCUGGGCAUCAGCAUCCGCGGAGGUGCCAAGGGCCAUGCGGGAAACCCCCUCGACCCCACUGAUGAGGGCAUCUUCAUCUCCAAGGUCAGCGCAGUGGGUGCCGCGGGACGGGAUGGGCGGCUGCGCGUGGGGCUGCGCCUGCUGGAGGUGAACGGGCAGAGCCUGCUGGGACUGACGCAUCCGGAGGCCGUGCAGCUGCUCCGCGCCGUGGGAGACAGUGCUCUCACCGUGCUCGUGUGUGAAGGCUUCGACCCGCACACCGCCGCCGUCGAGCUGUCCCCCGGCGUCAUCGCUAACCCCUGUGCCGUCGGGCUCGGGCGGAGGAACAGCCUGGAGAGUGUCUCAUCCAUCGACCGGGACCUCAGCCCUGAGGAGCUGGACGCGCUGCAGAAGGAGUUGGAUUUGAAGAAAGAGACGACCCAGCGGGAGAGGGAAGACAGAGACCAAGUGCCCCCGCCCUCGGAGCCCCUGAAGCUGGAUUACCGCACUCUGGCAGCCCUCCCGAGCAGCAGCAUCCAGCGGGUCAGCCCUCGGGCUGCUCCAGGGGGAGGCUUGCCCGGAGCCCGGCUCUCUCCCAGAGGUCAACAGCCGGCUGCAUCUCCCCGGCCCAGCCACCUGGCGGGUAGAGAGACCCGCUUUGCCUCCAUCGGUUUCUUGCCCUGCCAGGAGCUUCCCAAGCCUGGAGGCCCCCCUGCUUUCUCCAACUCCUCACUGCCCCACCAUGAGGUCCCAGGCAGCAUCAAGCAGGUGGAUAAAGAAUCGGCCGCUGGGCCGGUGCCCCCUCCGCUGAGCGAUCCAGAGGCGGGGUACAUGGCUGCGCCCCCUGGCCCUGAGCGGCUGUCGUUCCGUGAGCGGCAGAAAUACUUUGAGAUGGAGGGGAAGGCGCCAGCCACUGGAGGACCCCCAAAGCGGGUGAACCUGGUGGGAGAGGAUGACCUGAGGAAGAUGAAGGAGGAAGAAGCCCGGAAGCUCCAACAGAAGCGGGAGCAACUGCUGGAGGAGGAAGAGGACGAGGAGGAGGAAGAGGAGGCGGCCGAGAGGGCCGACGGGCCCAGCCUGGGCGGCACAGUGGUCGAGGGAAUGGAGUUCCAGCUGGAGCCCCUGGAUGACCGGGAGCCCUCCGCCCAGGGCUCUGGGCUGAGCCCCGUGUCUCCGGUGGGUGCCCCAGUGAGGACGGCCAAGGCUGAGCGGCGGGCACAGGAGCGUCUGCGAGUGCAGAGUCCGGAGCUGGUAGGGGCUGGGGCUGGGAACAAGGAGCUGUCUCCAGCCGAGCGCCGCGCUCUGGAAGCCGAGAAACGGGCGCUGUGGAGAGCGGCAAGACCCUCUGUCCUGGAGACCGGUGUUAAACUGGACAAGCAGGAUCUGUCCAGAAAGCUGUACCGCUUCCGGCAGGGGCCAGUGUCCAGCCCCGGGGAACUGUCAGGGGCAGGAGGCCCCCCCAGGAUGAAGUCCCUGGAGCAGGAUGCCCUCAAGGCCCAGAUGGUCAUUGCCAAGUCCAAGGAGGGGAGGAAGCGAAGCCCCCUGGGCCAGCUGGCUGAGGCACCGUCCCCCGCCCCCACCCCUUCUCCAACGCCUCUGGAAGAUUUCAGCCCCAGGACAGUCACCUCGCCCGGCCGGCUGUCCCUGUCUGAGAAGAAGUUUGACUACAGAGCGUUUGCGGCUCUUCCCUCCUCCAAGCCUGUGUAUGGGAUCCAGUCCCCAGACCUAGCUGAGCAGCUGCCCUUCCUGGAUGAUCCCGCCGGCUGCAGCCGUCAGGAAGACGGAGAGGUGGAGCAGGUGUUGGGGGUGCAGGAGGCCGCCCUCCCCAGACGGCCGACCCUGGAGGAGUCGGGCGUGUACAGCCACCAGCACACACUGGACACUGCUGUCCCCACAUAGGGCCGCACAGCCCGGGACGCCACCACAACCCCCAGCUGGCCACCCACCGCCCGCUCCGGGGCCAGCCCACGGACCACGAGUGGCUGUGGCCCGCUCCCCUGGGCCCCGGCCCCGGUCCCUCUCUCGAGCUCUUGCCGGUGGGGAGCUGGGGGAGAGGGCAGGGGGCCAGGCCCUGCCCUUGCGUCCGUCCAUCGGUGCUGAGUGACUGGGUUCCCGGCCCCCCCAGGCCUGGGACGGGGAGGGGAGGGGCGAG